AUGAGAACACCCACAUCGCCGCCUUCAAAAUUCGGUGUCUUCGAUCCUCACGAGAAACCAGACCGAUACAACUUCAAGCCAAAACGGCAAGGCAUUAUUGGAAGAAUGAAGGAAUCUUGGAUGACUCAGUCCCAGAGGACGAGGUGGAUUAAGACCGCCGCUAUCGUCUUUGCGAUCGUUACCCUCUUCUACUUUAUCUCCCCCAAGGGUGUCGAAGUGUACAACGAAGUUACUCACCCUGCUCAGGGCAACCAGGCCAACAAUGGCCAGUCCCCCUCAGAUUCCACUUACGGCACCGAUCGUUGCACAAAGUCCUUCUCCAAGGACAAGCCUAUUGUCCAGUAUGUUCUUAUGAUCGACGCCGGCAGCACUGGUUCCCGAAUCCACGUCUACAAGUUCAACAACUGUGGUUCUACCCCCGAGCUCGAGCAUGAGGAGUUCAAGAUGACCGAGAAGGCGGUCGGUGGCCUCAGCAAGUACAACGGCGACCCUGUGGCCGCUGCAAAGAGUCUCGAUCCCCUUAUGCAGGUCGCCAUGGACACUGUUCCCAAGGCCCUCAAGGGUUGCACUCCCGUUGCCGUCAAGGCCACCGCUGGUCUCCGAAUGAUUGGCAAGGAAGCCUCCGAUACUAUUCUCGCCGAAGUCCGACGACACCUUGAACAGGACUAUCCCUUCCCCGUUGUUGACCAGGAGAAUGAGGGUGUUGUUAUCAUGGACGGUUCUCUCGAGGGUGUUUAUGCUUGGAUCACUACCAACUACCUCCUGGGCAAGAUCGGUGGCCCUGACCAUAGUGAGACAGCUGCCGUUUUCGAUCUUGGUGGUGGCUCUACUCAGAUUGUUUUCGAGCCUACUUUCAAGGGCGCUGCCGCCGGUGGAAUGCCCGAGAAGCUUGCUGCUGGCGACCACAAGUAUGACCUUGACUUUGGUGGUCGCCACUUCGAGCUUUACCAGCACUCUCACCUGGGCUACGGUCUGAUGGCCGCUCGCAAGACCAUCCACGAGACUCUUGUCAAGGAUAUUGCCAAGACAAAGGGUGAGGACAAGGCCUGGCUCAAGGAGCCCAUUGUCAACCCUUGCAUUGCCCCCGGAAUGACCAAGGCUGUCAAUGUUACGCUCGAUGGCAGCCAGGACCCAACCCUGGUUACCUUCACUGGUCCCUCUCAGCCUGCACCUGCUCAGUGCCGUAACUUGGCUGAGAAGAUUCUCAACAAGGACGAGACUUGUGCGCUUGCUCCUUGCUCUUUCAACGGCAUUCACCAGCCUCUGCUCUCCAAGACCUUCACCAAAGAGGACGUUUACAUCUUCUCCUACUUCUUUGAUCGUACCAAGCCCCUUGGUAUGCCCGACUCGUUCACUCUCCGUGAGAUGCAUGACCUUACCAACACUGUCUGCGCGGGAAAGACCGCUUGGGAUGUUUUCACCACUAUCCCCGAGGCUAUGGAGGAGUUGGAUGGCCGCCCUGAGUGGUGCUUGGACCUUAACUUCAUGAUGGCUCUCUUGCAUAGUGGCUACGAGAUGCCUAUUGACCGCGAGGUCAAGAUUGCCAAGAAGAUCAAGGGUAACGAGCUCGGCUGGUGCCUUGGUGCCAGUUUGCCUCUUCUUGCAAGCGGCUCCGGCUGGUCAUGCAAGGUCAACCAGAUCGCGUAA